CUGUCAUGUGGCGUUCACAGACUGAGGAGACCCAGCGGAGAGCGCGUGAAUAAAAUCAACCGAGUUACCUUUAAAGAAAAAUACAGUCUGGCGGUCGUUUCCAGCCUUAUUUUACGUGUCCAGGAUGGCUUGGACAAAAUACCAGCUGUUCCUCGCUGGGCUUAUGCUCACGACUGGCUCCAUCAACACUUUGUCGGCCAAAUGGGCUGACAUGUUCUCAGCAAAGGGCUGCCACGAUGUCCCUGAACAUGGCUUUUCGCAUCCAUUUGUACAGGCGGUGGGAAUGUUUCUUGGCGAGUUCAGCUGUCUGGCCGUCUUCUACAUCCUGGUUUGCCAUGACAGACGCAGCCCAGAACCGAAAAUGACAGCCAGCCAGAGCUUCAACCCUCUGCUCUUUUUCCCCCCCGCCAUGUGUGACAUGACAGCCACCUCCAUCAUGUAUGUCGCUCUGAACAUGACUAGUGCCUCCAGCUUCCAGAUGCUUCGCGGGGCGGUCAUCAUCUUCACCGGCCUCCUCUCCGUGGCUUUCCUGGGGCGCCGUCUGCUGAGAAGCCAGUGGAUCGGUAUCGUCAUCACGAUCCUGGGCCUGGUGAUCGUAGGCCUGGCUGACUUUGUCAGCGGGCACAGCGACGACACACACAAACUCAGCGACGUCAUCACCGGUAAGAUCUGUGGUCGAGGUCUGUUUACUGAGGUGCUUCAGGCGCCGCUAACUGGGACGCCGUUUUUCCGGCCUGCAGGUGACCUUCUGAUCAUCAUGGCUCAGAUCAUCGUGUCAGUGCAGAUGGUUCUGGAGGAGAAAUUUGUCUACAAGCAUGACGUUCAUCCUCUUCGAGCUGUAGGAAUCGAAGGCCUCUUCGGUUUCGUGGUCCUGUCGCUGCUGCUCAUCCCCAUGUACUUCAUCCACGUUGGCGGCUUCAGCGACAACCCUCGGCACGUUCUGGAGGACGCCAUCGACGCCUUCUGCCAGAUCGGGAACAAGCCCCUUAUCGUGCUGGCUCUGCUGGGCAACACGGUCAGCAUCGCCUUCUUCAACUUCGCCGGGAUCAGCGUCACCAAAGAGAUCAGCGCCACCACCCGGAUGGUGCUGGACAGCCUGCGCACGCUGGUCAUCUGGGCGGUCAGCCUGGCGCUGGGCUGGGAGAGCUUCCACGGCCUGCAGGUCCUGGGCUUCCUGGUGCUGCUGCUGGGCACGGGGCUUUACAACGGACUGCACCGCCCCCUGCUGGCCCGGAUACCGGGCUGCGCCGUGUGCUUAGAGGAGGAGAGCAGCGGCGCCGAGAGAGAGAGACUGCUCAGAGAAGAGGUGCCGGCGGGCGAGGACACAUAAAGCCCCGCUCACGAAAUCAGUACAGACAGCGUCACGCACAAGGUGCACCUCACGGGAAUGCUGUCGGUCACUUUUUACGCAUUUUUCUGUUCACACCUCAGGUUUUAACCGACCUCAGUCGAUGCUGUAAAAUGUGCGGAAAAUAUUUUUAAACAAACAGUUUGAUAUUUUGGGGAAAAACGCACUUGUUGGCCUUCUCUCUGUGCCCGUCUCAUAUUCUGUUGAAUACAAAGUUUGUUUGAAUAAGUAAAAAAAUUCCAUUCACUUUCCCAGGAAUUAGAAACCUAGAUAAAAAUGUUUCCAAAUGGGACCUUUCGGUCUUUUCAGCACAAGGAAUAAAAAAAGCACCAGGCACAUAUUUUGCCCCCAUCCCAACACCCCCCAUUGUACGUUGAACAUUUCUGUUCUGCAAAGAUCCUAUUUCCACCCUUCUGUUUGUGGUCAACUCGUGUUAAAUCUCUGCCAUUGCUUUUACUCUAAAACACACAGCAGGAUUUGGCAAAAAAUGUAAACUUGCAUGCUCUUGUCUGAUUUGACCGUUCGAAAGCUCAAAGAAGCUGUAGCUCAAGGAAGAGGAUGGUCAAAAUGUGGGUGAAUGAUGUGAAAUCACAAGUGCUGCUUGGCAGAUCUUGUUAUUUGACAUGGAAGCUGAGCACUUUCCCUAUAACAAACCUGAUUCCUAUUUGCUGGACACGCUGGAGAGUGUUUUCAGGUCUCUACUCUGCUGUUCUGAAAGUCAGACAAAAUGCUUAUUUCCCAAAAUGUCACAUUAUACAGGUAAAGAAAUGGAGAAAAAAAAGGGCAUUCUGACAAAGCCACUCUAUCAUAAUGUGGAUUGUAAAGGGAUUUUUAAAUGUAAUUGUUGUUUUAUUUUAACAGGAUAUUUGCUUCCAAUACAGACUUUUUUAAAAUGGCAAUGGGACUUUAAUUGUUUCUUUGUGUGAACCAAUUUAUCGCAAUUUACAUUUUAAUUACAUUGUAAUACUUCUGAACCAUCAUCACAUCAUGUUAGAUACUAAUUUCAAUACUAUUAAAGGCUGGAUGUUUCUGUAAAUGCUAUAUCUGGUGAUCUGUAUAGAGUGUACUUUCUUAAUAUGCUGAUCUCAUUGCCUUAAGGUCCAUCGUGUGUAGUGUUUUCAGCUUGGAAAUGUGCACUUGUUUCAUUUCAUUUAGAGAGCACCGCAUUUUUUAAAAUAUUGAAAUCUCCUAAUAUGAAUAAAACUGUUUCCUGGUUUUGAUUUAACUCAGAAAGGCUGCAGUGAAGCUGUUUUAAAUAUAGGGAUUCGUUCCUGCUUCUUCCCUUCUUUUAGCCUUCUAAAGAAAAGGGAACUGUUUAUAAAUCAUGGGUAUUAACAUUCAUAAUUCUGUUUACUUAUGCGAAAGAAAUGCAUUGUAUCGAAUUCAUGCAGUAAACCGAAAAAUCAUUC